GUUGUUCUAGAGGCGUACGUGAGAGAUGUUGUACUUCGCAGUCAAGCUAUCGCAAAGCUACAGCGACAAUAAUGAAAACGACAGUGGCAUGAUUAUGUUAUAACAAACAGCGAAACUCGAUGAUGAUUUAAAAUGCAUGCUGUCAUUCAUAAAAGGCAGUAAAGGUCUGAUGAGAUUAUCACAAACAAGAGGAAAAAACAAGAAUAACAGACAUGCAUCGGUGCCCGGUUUGUCUGAAAUAUUUCCCUUCUCCUUCUAAACUCCAGAGACAUAGUUUCAUCCACACUGGCCUGAAACCUUACUGUUGCACGGACUGUGAGAAAUCAUUCAAUCAACCUGUCCAUUUAAAAAGACAUUUGCAGAAGUGGCAUCAACAUCCUUCUACAGAAACCUUGAAGGACAACAUAUUUGCUACGGACAUACCUUUUCUACCAUCAAACCACAUUGACCAAAUAAGCCUAGAUGGUGGUACUGAAAAAGUAUUGUCAUCUGCUCAAUCUGUUGUAUCACCCCAGAUCAAACAAAAAAGUGAUACUCUACCAACGGAGGUGUGUAUUUCGUCUUCAGAUAGUGAAGGUGAAACAGAAUCCCCCCAACAAGUCAACGACAACUUAACACAUUGGAACCAUAUUGCAAUUGAUGGAUCAUCACACUCGCAAGCUCAAUAUGAAGUUAAUUUUGCUUCAGAUGAGGAUUUAUUCUAUGUCCAACAGGAGAAGGCCUGCAAAGUGUGCUUCAGAACAUUUAGUUCAGCACAUCAACUUCAGAUUCAUUUGGCAGUUCAUAACAAACAUAAACAUUUGGAUGAUGGAUGCAAAGCAACUAAAAGCCACCAAUGUCCCACCUGCCUUAAAGGAUUUUGUGCACCUUCCAAGCUACAGCGCCAUUUUUUGAUUCAUACUGGCCUGAAACCUUUUUCCUGCAUGCAGUGUGGGAAAACAUUUCGGCAAGAAACUCACUUGAAAUCCCAUCUUUACGCAGCGCAUAGAACAGCGUCACCACUGAAAGAACCGGAUGUCGAUCUAGGAAGGGCGAGAGACAACGAUAGGGGUGCACUGUUUUGUCAUGAACUUCCAGCUUCUCAGUCCCAGUCCUCUCUACACUCCUCCCGUCCCCAGGAGGUAAAUCGGUCGGUGGAACUUGAGUUACAGUGUAAAAUAAGCUUAAGUUCCCCCAAAGACCAGGACAACUCAAAACAAGGAAAAUGUGGAAUAAUUGCUACUCCUGCACCAAGUGUGAACGAUGGUGGGAAAAACCACCAAAAUAUUGACUCAGACAUGCAGAGUGAAUCAGUUGGAUGUGAACAGGUUCAAAUCAAUAAUGGCCGUAAAGUUGUAAAGCCUUUUCACUGUACUUUCUGCAAUAGAUCCUUUCGCCUGGAGCUGAAUCUACUACGACAUUGGUACACGCAGCACAGGAAACAAAACAGAUUCCAGAGCUGCGAUUUAGUGUACGGAAACACAAACAGCACUGCAUUACUAUCAGCGGACCCAAUAACCCUUAAUUCUGAAGAAGUGACAUCACGAGAACACUGCAUCACAGAUGGUUGUGAUCCUGACGUUGUUGUUAAAGAUGAGACAUGGAGUGAGGAUAUUAAGGAUUUCUUCCCAACUGAUAAUACCACAGCACCAGACCAGCACAGUCAAACACUGCAAGCCCCAAGCCCCAGUCCGGGAAUAAUGAGUGGAAAAAUGAUACACCAGUGUAAUUUAUGCUCCAAAACAUUUCCAGCCUCAUCAAAACUUCAGAGGCACAUGAUGUCCCACACGGACCAAAGACCCUUCCGGUGUCAAAUGUGUGACAAGAGUUUCCGUCAGAAAACACACUUACGAGUCCACUCUCGUACGCACCUGUGGUCCAAAUAUCACAGACAACGGUCUUUUUAUAUUAGUAGGCCGCCGUCGCGCACGGCUGGAUACAGCACAAAGCCUGCAGUGGAUGUCCUGUUCCCAAAAACAUGUGUACAAAUUGAUGCUUUUGACAAGAAAUCUAUGACACAUGCAUUUCCCAAAGUAAACCGUAUUCAGACUCUGGCUUUACCAAAUGUGGAAAAUUCCAGUAGAGAUCUUAUGCCAAGUACAUCCUAUAUGAAUUCAACAGUCAACGCAACUGUAACUUCUAAAGGACUUCUGAAAAAGGCACAUACUUAUAAAUGUGCACGCAUAAGAAAUGGCUCCCAGCACAGAUGUCUACUUUGUUUAAAAUGUUUUCCCUCCCCCUCCAAACUUAGAAGGCACGAGAUGGUACACACUGGCUUGAAACCAUUCCAGUGUCUAGUGUGUGGUAAAAGAUUUCGCCAGUCUCCACAUCUGAAAGUCCAUGAGAGAACUCAUUCUGAGGAAAGGGUGGCCAUGCCUGUUCCACAACCCGAUGGAAACGGUCAAGAGCCUUCUAGUGGAGAUUACAAUCAUGAAGAUUACACUACAAGCAGUCAUGUGCAGUUUAAAAAGAAAAUCAAGGGAUUCAUGCCCAAACAGGGCACCUAUUCUGAGUUUAUUGAAACUCCUGAAGAGGAAAUGAGAAAGGGUCAACCCCUUUAUGACAGUGGCACUGACUUUUUAUCCAAUGGUCUGACUCCAUCGUUUAAAAUAACAGACACAAACUGGCAGCCAAAGUCGGAAGUAGACAGACUUGAAGAAGACGUGGAUUUGGAGGGUGUGCAGAAGGAAACCUGUAAUGACCUUGUCAACACAUUUCCCUUUGAACUUGCCCCUGGCAUUCAAAAACUGGUUCAAAACGAGGGAGCGAUUCGCCCAUCUUCAAUGCAGCCAGAGAUGGGGGCGAACACACAACCUUUUAGUACAGAGAAACUCUUUCAAUCCAGCAGUUUUGCUAAUUCUGAUGAUCAUGUAGAUGCACACAUUGUGGGAACCGAAGGUUUGAUGGCUGAGAAACAACCCUGGGAGGAAGCAGAAAUCACAAACAAUUACUGGUGCGCCCCUGUGAACACUUUGGAAUGUAAAAAAUGUGCAAUAACUUUUGAAACGCAGCAGGAUUUUCAGUGCCAUGCAUGUGACAGAAACGGCCAAUCAGAAACCAAUCAGCUGGCCCGAAAAUAUCGCUGUGAUGUUUGCUUGAAGGGUUUUGCCUCUCCCUCUAAACUUGAGAGACAUUAUAUAAUUCACACUGGUCAGAGGCCGUUCCGUUGUGAGAUUUGUAGUAAAACUUUCACACAAUCAUCACACCUUAGAACACACCAAAAAUCUCAUCAAUUAUGAAUAUAGGCCUGAUAUUAUGGUUGAUGCAUUUUGGCUGUGGUACGGACAUGGUUUGGAGCAACGUUUGUGAUGUACAUGUAAUAGUAUGUGUUUUAAUGAUUGCUGGUUAUCUUUACAAAUUGUACAGGUUCUUUUUCUGGUCCUCUAUAUAUGAUGGUUUUAUGCAUUGUUUUUAUGUAUUGUUUUUAUUGAUUCAAUGAUUUUAAGGAGUGUUUUUUCCAUUUGAGUAUGAAUAAAAUGUCCUCAAUCAAAUCUAUUAGGUUUCCUUAUGAAUUCUCUCUUUUUAUUUACUUAAGGGGGGUUAUAUAUUUCCAAAUAACUCACUCCAGUAUUGCAAGGUGGGUGUUGGGAAGAUGCAUACUAAAAUUGUUUUGAUUACCUAUAAUUACAAAUAUUUUUGUUCUAUGAUAAUUUGCAUAUUAUGAGUUGUUGUAGUGGAGGUGGUAGCACAUGUUUUUUUAUAUAUAUAUAAAUGGUGGACGCUUAGUAGGAACCAGAGACAUUGGAUUUUAGUUACCGGGGGGAGAACGUACAUUGGUGCACUCGUACAGGAAGUGAAUUGAAAUCGUGCUCAAAGCGUUUAACCGGGCAAUGUGUUGCUAGUUGGCAAGCAGUGUUUACACAGAUGUAAACAAGAAAAAAACAUUACACCAUCUAGUUGUUUCCUGGCAGUCAUUAUGGCGAAACAACCACUUUCAAAAAAGGUUGCAGCACCAUCUGUAUCUCAGAUAAAUGCAGAAUAUGUCACGCAGUUGGCCAAUAAAUAUUGGGCUCCCCAUGUUAAGAACAAACUACCCUUUGACCCCAAGGUGCUGGAAGAUGUUUAUGAAAAGGAGAUUCUCAGUUCAAAAUUUGCCAUUAGGAAAAUCAUGCUUCUGGAGUUCAGUCAGUAUCUUGAGAACUACUUGUGGGUUAACUACACACCCAAGCGAUCCAGCAACGCCUUUCUGAUGUCCAUCAGUUGCAUUGUGAAUGAGAAAUUCAGAGAAAAUGUCCCUGCUUGGGAGCCGUUCAAGAAGAACCCGGGUCACUUCCCCUUCUUCUUCAAGUGUGUGAUGGAGGCGGUGCUGGCGGACGAGAAGGCGGGGCUAACGCUGAGGGAACAGACGGUGCUUCUGGUCUUCCUGGAUCACUGCUUCAACAGUCUGGAGGUAGAUUUGAUCAGAGAGCAGGUGCAGCAGCUCAUUUCUCUGCCCAUGUGGAUGGGUCUCAUACCAUCGAGACUGCAGCACGAGCUGAAGAAAGUCCCGAAGCUACAGAAGUUCUGGAAUCUGAUCAAGAGGAAAUACGAUAAGAUGGAUGCCGACGCAGCAGAGCAGGCCAAGAAGGAACAAACCUUCCUCUCGGCACUGAUCGACAAAUUCCUCGGCGUACUUGGAUCCAUUCCUCCGUCAGGUCCGGUGUCAAUGGACAAGGUGCACUACUGUGAGAGAUUCGUUGAGCUCAUGAUCGACCUGGAGGCCCUGCUUCCAACCAGGCGCUGGUUCAACACUGUGCUGGACAACUCCCACCUAGUGGUCAGCUGUCACCUGUCCAACCUAAUCCAGAGGGAGAAGGAGGGUCACCUCUUCUCUCAGUUGCUGGACAUGCUGAAGUUCUACACAGGCUUCGAGAUCAAUGACCAGACAGGAAACGCGCUGACGCAGAAAGAGAUGACCACUUUGCACUAUGAUAGAAUCACUUCCCUUCAGAGAGCAGCCUUCGCCCAUUUCCCCGAGCUCCUGGACUUUGCCCUGUCCAACGUGGCAUCGGUGGACACCCGAGAGUCUCUGACCAAACAGUUUGGACGGCUCAGUCCCGACACCCUCCACCGGGUGGCCUCGUACCUGUGUCUGCUGCCAGAGCUGCCAGAAGGGCAGGGCACCACCUUUGAGAUGACUGUUCUCCUUGAGCUGCUGGUCUCUCGGCAUGAGCGCAGGAUAUCUCAGAUCGAGCAGCUCAACCAGAUGCCUCUUUAUCCAACGGAGAAGAUAAUCUGGGAUGAGAACAUCGUCCCCACUGAGUACUACUCAGGCGAAGGUUGCCUCGCUCUGCCCAAGUUGAACCUCCAGUUCCUGACCCUCCACGACUACCUGCUGAGGAACUUCAACCUCUUCCGCCUGGAGUCCACCUACGAGAUCAGGCAGGACAUCGAGGACGUGGUGGCGCGCAUGAAGCCAUGGCAGUCUGAGUACGGGAGCACAGUGUUCGGGGGCUGGGCCAGGAUGGCCCAGAACAUCACCGCCUUCUCCAUCGUGGAGGUGGCCAAGCCCAACAUCGGGGAGAACUGGCCCGCCCGUGUGCGUGCCGACGUCACCAUCAACCUCAACGUCCGAGACCACAUCAAGCACGAAUGGGAAGGGCUGCGCAAGCACGACGUUUGCUUUCUGGUCACGGUGCGUCCCAACCUGCCCUACGGCACCCGCUUCGACCGGCGCCAGCCCUUCGUGGAGCAGACGGGCCUGGUGUACGUGAGGGGCUGCGAGGUGCAGGGCAUGCUGGACGACAAAGGGCGUGUCAUCGAGGAAGGCCCUGAUCCAAAGCCCAAGCUGCGGGGCGACUCCAGAACCUACCGAGUGUGGCUGGACCCCAACCAGUACCAGCAGGACAUGACCGGCAGCAUCCAGAACCGCACCGAGGACCCCUACGAGUCCUUCAACGUCAUCAUGAGACGCAAACCCAAAGAGAACAACUUCAAGGCUGUGCUGGAGACAAUCAGGAACCUGAUGAACACAGAGUGCGUGGUGCCCGACUGGCUCCAUGACAUCAUCCUGGGCUACGGCGACCCUGGGAGUGCCCACUACUCCAAAAUGCCCAAUCAGAUCUCCUCCCUUGACUUCAACGACACCUUCCUGUCCCUGGACCACCUGCGCUCCUGUUUCCCUGGUUACACGGUGACGGUUGCCGAGGACAACCCCGAGCUGCAGGUGCCCCCCUUCAGAAUCAAGUUCCCUGUUCCCAACAAGGAGGACAAAGGCAAAAAGAGGAGGGCGGACGGGGAAGAGGAGGAAUCGCCCGCCGACAAGACACUGGUGGUCGUGCCCCACGUGCCCCUCAACCGGGGUCCCUAUCCUUACAACCAGCCCAAACGGAACACCAUUCAAUUCACUCCCACUCAGAUAGAAGCAAUCCGAGCUGGAAUGCAGCCAGGAUUAACCAUGGUCGUGGGUCCACCCGGCACAGGAAAGACCGACGUUGCGGUCCAGAUCAUCUCCAACCUCUACCACAACUUCCCCGAACAGAGGACGCUCAUCGUCACACACUCUAACCAGGCGCUGAACCAGCUGUUUGAGAAGAUCAUAGCACUGGACAUCGACGAGCGUCACCUCCUGCGUAUGGGUCACGGAGAGGAGGCGCUAGAGACUGAGAAGGACUUCAGCAGGUAUGGCAGGGUGAACUACGUCCUGGCAAGAAGACUGGAGCUGCUCGGGGAGGUGGGAAGGCUGCAGGAGAGCCUGGGUGUGCCGGGAGAUGUCUCCUACACAUGUGAGACCGCUGGACACUUCUACCUCUACCAGGUGAUCUCUCGCUGGGAGCAGUACAUGAGCAAGGUCCGGCCAAAGCAGGGCAAGCCGGUGGAGGCCGAGGCGGUGGCCGCCCACUUCCCCUUCCACGAGUACUUCUCCAACGCCCCGCAGCCGGUGUUCACGGGCCGCACGUAUGAGGAGGACAUGGACAUCGCCGAGGGCUGCUACCGCCACAUCAAGAAGAUCUUCACUCAGCUGGAGGAGUUCAGGGCCUUUGAGCUGCUGAGGAGCGGUUUGGACCGCUCCAAGUAUCUGCUUGUGAAGGAGGCCAAAAUCAUCGCCAUGACCUGCACGCACGCCGCCCUGAAGCGCCAUGACCUGGUGGAGCUGGGCUUCAAGUACGACAACAUCCUGAUGGAAGAAUCGGCUCAGAUUCUGGAGAUCGAGACCUUCAUCCCUCUCCUCCUACAGAACCCAGCGGACGGCUACAGCCGGCUGAAGCGGUGGAUCAUGAUCGGGGACCACCACCAGCUGCCCCCCGUCAUCAAGAACAUGGCCUUCCAGAAGUACUCCAACAUGGAGCAGUCCCUCUUCACCCGCUUCGUCCGCCUGGGGGUGCCCACCGUGGACCUGGACGCCCAGGGCCGUGCUCGCGCCAGCCUGUGUAAACUGUACAACUGGCGCUACAAGCAGCUGGGGAACCUGCCCCACGUCCAGCAGCUGCCCCAGUUCCAGGUGCCCAACCCCGGCCUCACCUACGACUUCCAGCUGGUCAACGUGGAGGACUUCAACGGAGUGGGAGAGUCUGAGCCCAACCCCUACUUCUAUCAGAACCUGGCAGAGGCAGAGUACACGGUGGCCCUCUUCAUGUACAUGCGCCUGCUGGGCUACCCCGCCGACCGCAUCAGCGUGCUCACCACCUACAACGGGCAGAAGCACCUGAUCAGGGACGUCAUCAACCAGCGCUGUGCCGGUAACCCCUUCUUCGGUCAGCCCAACAAGGUGACAACGGUGGACAGAUUCCAGGGUCAGCAGAACGACUACAUCAUCCUCUCACUGGUCCGCACCAAAGCUGUAGGACACCUAAGGGACGUGAGGCGUCUGGUGGUGGCCAUGUCCCGAGCCAGACUGGGCCUCUAUGUCUUCGGCCGGGUCGCCCUGUUCCAGAACUGCUUUGAGCUCACCCCCGCCUUCAACCAGCUGACCGCCCGCCCGCCGCAGCUGCACAUCCGACCGCACGAAUACUACAACCAGGAGCAGCCUAGAGAGGCGUCGAAGCAGCCUGACCACGUCGUGAAGGACAUGCCAGAGAUGGCCAACCUGGCGUACACCAUGUACAUGAGGAUGAUGCAGCAGCAGCAGAGACAGCAACAGCAAAGGCUAGCUCUGCCCCCUAAGCAGACCCUGAAGGAGGCUCCCGUCGUCCAGGCCGAGGAGCCCAGCUCUAUGGAACAGGAGGAGGAGGAGAAGAAGGAGGAGGAGGGGGACAAGGAGAAGGAGGGGGACAAGGAGAAGGAGGGGGACAAGGAGACCCCCAUGGAGCAGGAGAAUGCAGAGGAGGCUGCGAGCGCUGAGCCAAAACCAGCAGAGGCUGCGGCCGAAGAAAAAGAGGAGAGCCAGAAACCAGAGGAGCGUCCCAAGAUGCCGGAGCACCCCGGCCGGGACAGCGACAGCGACGGGGAGGAGAGUGGAGAGGAGCAGGAGCAGGAGCAGGGGCCAUAGAGAGCGCUUUCUCUAUCGGCUCCUCGGUUUUUCUUAUCUGAAACUGAUUUUGUAAACGUUAUGUCUUUUUUGUUUUUGAAUAAAAUGCAAUGUUUUUUCACACACAGCAAAGCCUCUUACAUUUUUAUUAAGUCAUUUCUUCUUUCCUCUUCCCUUACUCUUUCAGAUUUAUUUUCAGACGUAUUAUUUACGUAGUCUU